GGACGACAAUGAUGGUGAGAGGGCAGGGUCGUCGAAUAAAGAACUAGAAGGUGAAUUGGACGUGACGAAACAUAUUCUAUAUCCUAUCAUACAUAAUUUAGCCGUCGCGUCCCUGUUUUAUAGCCGACAGCCUCGUACAGCAGCAUCCCGAGAUAAAGGCAUACUGUAAUAAAACGCUUCACCGAAGACACGAUACCACCGAGUUGGGUGUGGGCUUAUUGUCGGACCAAUUCACCUUGGGACUCAUCAGUAUAGUCGCACAUUAUGGUGGGAAAGAAAUCGGCCAAGGCCCUUCAGGUCGAAGAAGGCCUUGAAAGGACGGACAAUGGCAUGAAACUAACGAGUUUCCCUGAGGUCUCACAAAUAAACCAAAAGAAUUAUUAUACGGAGUAUAUGAAGCGAGAUGACCAGAUUCUCCCCCUCCGCCUUCAAGCUGAGGCGAGUAGGGACAAGAUGAUCCGUACUGCCAAAGACAAGGAUAGGGCUUUGGCGAGGACAGGUGACACAGAUGUCCCCGCUCCCAAUCCUGAUGAAACCGAGUUUGGUGAGGAGGAUGCCAAUACAGGGGCGGACGGAUUUGACGCGUCAAAGAUCAUUGCCAUCCAUCUCGGGAGUCAGAAUAUGCGUAUCGGCCUCGCCAGCGACGCACUACCGAGGACUGUGCCGAUGUGUACCGCAUGGAAGAUGCCAAAAUGUGAAUCGGACAUCAAGCCGCCUAUGCCGAAACGGCAGAAGAUGACAGGUACUCCUGAAGACCAGUUUGGUGACGAGUGGGCGAAGAAGUAUACGAAAAUGUGCGACGAUCUAAAGAAAGAUAUGCGGACAAAUAAGCGCAAGGUCCUUCCCAACUCCAAGGAACUGGUAGUCAACUACAACAGGCGGACUCCUCCAGAGAAAAUUCCUGAGCACAAUGACCCGGCAAGGAUAGAGUGGACAGAUAUCGGUUUAUCUAGUACAUUCAACGGACUUGAGGCACAGAGGAUUCCAGACAAUUCUGAUCCCGCAUAUCGACUAUUUUGGCCAAUCCAGCACGGAAGGCUGAAUGAAGAAGAUUUCCCGAGCAAGGAACAGUUGAAGAUGGCGAUCGAUUCCAUUAUCACUGGAGCUUUAAAGACAGAGCUUAAGAUUACGAAGACUGGGCAAUGGAAGGACUACAGCUGCGUCCUCGUAAUUCCAGAUCUGUACGAUAAGAAGUUUGUCGAGAUGAUGUUGGAAAUGUUCAUGAAUGAUUAUUCUUUCGCCAAGGUCGCCUUCAUCCAGGAGUCUCUCGCCGCAAGCUUCGGAGCCGGCUACACAUCGGCGUGCAUCGUUGACGUUGGCGCACAAAAAACCUCCAUCUGUUGCGUCGAAGACGGCCUCUGUAUCGAAGACUCCCGCAUCAACUUGAAGUAUGGUGGCUACGACGUGACCGAGACCUUCGUCAAGAUGAUGCUCUUCGACCACUUUCCCUAUGCCGAUAUCAACCUUGCACGACGCUAUGACUUCCUCCUCGCCGAGGAGCUAAAGAUGAAAUUCUGCACCAUGAACCAAGCCGAAAUCUCCGUCCAGUUGUACAACUUUCAUCUUCGUGCCCCGUCCGAGUACACCCGCAAGUACAACUUCAAGACUUACGACGAGGUAAUCCUCGCGCCAAUGGGCUUCUGCGACCCAUCAAUAUUCGAUAACUCGGCGAAGCUUAACGGUCGCCGCAAGCUCAUCGACCGCUCCUAUAACAUCUAUGACCCUGAAAUCCCCGAUGACCCUGUCUCAGCCGCACAGAUUUCUAUCCUCGCGGCCAUCAAGCCCUCCGCCGCAGCUGCCCCUAAAGCCCCAGCCAACCCUGCCACCAACGGAGAAGGGACGGCGGCUGUUUCGACCCCAAUGAAAGAGAAACCGAAUCCCUUCAGCUUCCUCGGCGUCGACACACAGGGAACGCCCGGGACUUCGCAUGCCGGCUCUCCUGCCCCAGAGGGCUCGAACACCCCCGCCGCGAACGGUGGCAGCCCGGCUCCUUUCCAAUUUGGCGGUAGCGGCAGUGGAGCUCCUCAGGGCAUAUUCGUGCCCGACCCAGCGCACUGCUCGCAACGUGCUCUCGCUGCCGAGCGUGACUCCGUUCUUCCGAUCGCGCCAUUGGACACGGCUAUCUUGACAUCGAUCACGACGGCAGCAAGAGGAGACGAGAAGAAGCUACGCGACUUGCUUGGCGGUAUCAUGAUUAUUGGAGGCGGGGCAAAGACGCCUGGGUUCGGGCCGUUCCUCGAGGAGCGGUUGAAGAGGUUGCGGCCCGAUCUUGGGGAUAGGAUAUUGGUUGGGACGAGCCCCAGGGAGAUGGAUGGGCAGGUUGUGACUUGGAAGGGAGCGAGCGUUUUUGCGAAGCUUGUGGGGACGAAUGAUACGUGGAUUGGAGGAACGGAAUGGGAAAGGUUGGGGAGCAGGGUUCUCCAUCACAAGUUGGCGUUUUAUUACUAAAAUUUGCAAAAGUGGGUAGCACAAUCUAGAAAGGAAGGCGUAAUGUAUGAUAAAUGACAUCGUGUGCUUUUUUAUACGUGUAUAGAGAGGAUGGCUUC